UGUAUAACAGAGGGGAAUCAUUUCUACAGAAGUUUAGCAAUAUGGCGGAUACGGCAGGUGUAGUAUUAUCAAAAAAAUAAUUAACUAUGCUGCGUAACAUAACCAAAACAUUUGUUGGCAUGGUACAGCCGGUACUGAAUAAUGCAAAGCCAACAAAAUUACAUCAGAUAACUAUACGCUGCUUUUAUACGAAUGAAUUGAAGAGACAGUUGAAGGCACAACAAAAAUUAAAGGAAAAAGCAGAAGGAAAGGCCAAGGCAACUGCUGCAGCAGCCACAGUAGGCAAAGCUAAAUCCCGAGUGACUAGUGACAUUAAUGAAGAGGAAAUUAGUCCAAAUGAAUACAUUAAAUUAAGAACUAACGCAAUUGACCACCUCAAAAAUACUGAUGACAAUCCAUAUCCACACAAAUUUCAUGUAUCAAUGUCAUUGGAAAAUUUUAUUGAAAAGUUUGGUGAUAUCUUGAAAGAUGGAGAAGUAUUGGAAAAUGAGGUGCACAGCGUUGCUGGACGUGUAUUUGCAAUUAGAGAAUCUGGUACUAAACUGAUCUUUUAUGACAUCAGAGGAGAGGGAGUUAAAAUACAAGUUAUGGCCAAUGCAAAACAUUAUAAUAAUGAAGAGCAAUUUAUGAAAGAUAUUUCUAAAAUUAAAAGAGGUGAUAUUGUUGGUGUUACUGGUAAUCCUGGUAAAACUAAGAAGGGUGAAUUCUCUAUCAUGCCACAUAGCAUUACACUUUUAAGUCCGUGUUUACAUAUGUUGCCAGACCCUUACUUUGGAUUGAAAGAUAAAGAAACGAGAUUUCGACAACGCUAUUUAGAUAUGAUAUUAAAUAACAAAGUAAGAGAAACAUUUCAUAUACGAGCAAAAAUCCUCGCAUACGUUCGUAAAUAUCUUGACGAACAUGGAUUUUUAGAAGUUGAAACGCCAAUGAUGAAUAUGAUAGCUGGUGGGGCCACAGCAAAACCAUUUGUUACUCAUCACAAUGAAUUAAAUAUGGAUCUGUACAUGCGUAUUGCUCCGGAACUAUAUCUUAAAAUGUUAGUUGUUGGCGGAUUUGAUAGAGUAUAUGAAAUUGGAAGACAAUUCAGAAAUGAAGGAAUAGAUUUAACGCAUAAUCCAGAAUUUACUACUUGUGAAUUUUAUAUGGCUUAUGCAGAUUAUAACGACCUAAUGUCUAUUACAGAAGAUAUGAUAUCUGGAAUGGUGAAAAGCAUACAUGGUAGCUAUAAAAUAAUAUACCACCCAGAAGGGCCAGAAGGAGAAGCAGUAGAAAUUGACUUUACUCCACCUUUUAAACGUGUCUCUAUGAUGGAGACUUUAGAAGAAGUAUUAAAAGUUAAACUACCUCCUUCAGAACUUGGUACUCCAGAAACAAAUCAAUCGCUUAGUGAACUCUGCAUCAAACAUGAAAUUGAAUGUCCUGCACCCAGAACAACUGCCAGAUUGUUGGAUAAGCUUGUGGGUGAAUUUAUAGAAGAAACUUGUAUCAACCCCACAUUUAUUUUAGAUCAUCCACAAAUUAUGUCACCAUUAGCAAAAUGGCAUCGUUCUGAGAAAGGUCUAACAGAGCGAUUUGAAUUAUUUGUCAUGAAGAAAGAAGUUUGUAACGCGUACACAGAAUUAAAUGACCCUAUGGUGCAAAGAGAAAGAUUUGAAGAACAAGCCAAGGACAAAGCAGCUGGAGAUGACGAAGUCCAAUUAAUUGAUGAAAACUUUUGUACUGCCUUAGAAUAUGGGUUACCACCAACUGCUGGCUGGGGAUUAGGCAUUGAUAGACUUACUAUGUUCUUUACUGAUACUAAUAAUAUCAAGGAAGUGCUACUCUUUCCACAAAUGAAACCGGAUGAUCCAAAUAAGAAUAAAGAUGUUCAGAAAGAUGAUAAAACGACAAAUGAAAAUGAAGAAACUAACGUAGAUAAAUGA